CAAGUCGGUCAGACCUUUUUGCCUGCGAACCCAACAGCGGGGUUUGUUUAGCUGCGUGCGAUAGAGAGCAGCAGAGACGAGGAGAGGUUGGUGGUGGUGGUGUGGUUGGAGGCGAGUGAGAGAGAGAGAGAGGGAGCGUGCCUCGCCCUCCCCUUCCCAUUCCCGCGGGGAUUUCCUGAGCCGCCUUCCGAGAGCUGAGAGGGAGUUCCGAUGACGUCAUGCCCGCGCUGCAUCUGCUCGGAUGGAAAUCCCGGGCACGGGAAUGCAGUUCGGACAGCCUGGCGGCGAGAAGCCGUCUCAGCGUCAUCUGUAUCGUCACCACCACCACCAACACCAAACUACUACAGCAGCAGCAGCAGCAGGAGGAGGAUCACCAUCAUCUCCAGCAUCAUCAUUCGAAUCAUCAUCAUCUCCAGCGUGGUCGUCAUCAUCUGCCAAACCAUCAUCGGCAUCAUCAUAUGCUUUUCGCUUCGUCGAAUGCGCACAGCACAAUGCAACAAGCUUUGAAGGAACAAGCACGUUCUCAUUUUUGUCACUCCGCAAUCGAGACAUGUCACUGCUGCAGCCACAGCAGCAGCAGCAGCAGCAUCUUCCUUAUCAUCAUCGUCAUCAGCAGCGCCGUUAGAAUAACAGUAACCAUUGCAAUCAUUACCAUUACUGCCGCGUUAUCACCGUUAUCUUUGGACGGGCGAACCCAAACAAUGGGUGGCUGUCUUCUGCCUGUAACGCGCGUCCACCCGAUUGCGAUGUAAUGGAUAACGGAGAAUAAAAAAAUCUAUAUAUCUCAGCGGUACGUGUGAAAUAAAAACAGAAAAGCGCGCACGGUAAUAUCAUUGCUAUUAUUGCUAUCACGAUGAUGAUGAUGAUGUGAGCGGUGGGCAAAUAUGAAGGCACAAUUAAUGCGGCGGCGGCAGCGGCAGCAGCAGCUCUCGCAAGGAGGGAGGAGAAGGAGCGGAGCUGCGUGCGCAUAGAUGCGAGCCAGCGCAGAUCACAGCGGCAGCAGCAGCAGCAGCGAUGCCCCGGACCAAACAGCGAAAUCCGAAGCCUCUGAGCUAUAAAAUUGAAGAGGCCAAAAAGGAACUGCAGGAUCCCGACAACCAGAUCAACACAAGCGGCACAGGAAAUGACAGCGUGAACGUUUCAAAGGACACGAAAGGGACCGCGUGUAAGAAGCACCAGAAAAAGGACAGGAGGAGUGAAGUCGCAGUGCAAAGGCAGAGCAAGCAACAUCUCAUCAAGGAAAGGUCAUCAGCUUUAAGGGGACAGGGAGUGGGUGAGGAUGAUAGAGAACGUGGGAGUGAGCCGGCCACCGAUCCCAAGGAAAGCCACGCUCCUGCUGCCGCCUCGGUGCAAAAUGGAAACGUGGAAAGCGAAGCCAAAAAGCAAUCUGUUUUAGCAGAGACCAGCCUGCCGGCUCGCCGGGGCUGCGUGAGCGAUGAGCCUGCGACCGAAAUAAGCGAGGAGCGACGCGCUGUUUUACGGCAGGCCUGGCCGCGCGUGGAGAGCGAGGCGGAGUCAGUCGGUAACGAGAACGCUGCAACAGGGGAGCCGGUGUGUGAUGGGGAAGAGUUACUGCCCGAGCCUCCGAGGGAUGCUGCACUGCCGCCGCCGCUACGCUUUCCUGCCAGUCCAGACGCGCAGGCCAAGGUGGCCAAGAACUGUAAACCCCCCCUGUGCAACGUAGUGGAAGUCAACGCAGAUUUAUCGAAGGCCGCUCCCCUCGAGGCCUUGUUAACAGCCAUGGAGUCUGAUCCCAACCAGAGAGACCCUUCCACCGCCACCGCCGCUGCCGCCGCCACCACCGACACAGCCGCUGCCGCAGUCGCCACCACCACCGUGCUCUCUGAACUCUCAUCGAAAGAUCCAUCGCAAGGCCAAGAAACAAGGGACACCGGUCAGCUCCCAGCAGCUAAGGCUCAGCCCCAAAUGGCUUUCCUGCAGCCUGCGUUACCAGGACAAAGUAGCUUUUCGAAUGUAGCACAUAUGUCGACGAGAGAAGCUACGCAGCAGCAGCAACAGCAACAACAGCAACAGCCUCAGCAGAAGCACACCUCUUUUCAGCAAACGUCGCUCGUCUUGGCUCACCAGCCACAGCCUCAGCUGCAGGUCUUGUCCGAAUCUCUGCCGCAGCCCUGCACUUCCUCGCAAGCUCAAGACGUUCCUUCCACAGCCCACAUCGUAGUUCCUCUGUAUGGACAAUUUGCCGUGCCGUCACGUGUGAUUCAGUCGCCGCCACCCGGGCCUUCAGAGCCAGCGCAGCAGCAGCAACAACAGCAGCAGCAGCAACAACAGCAGCAGCAGCAGCAACAGCAGCAGCAGCAACAACAGCAGCAGCAACAGCAACAACAACAGCAACAACAGCAGCAGCAGCAGCAACAGCAGCAGCAGCAACAACAGCAGCAGCAGCAGCAACAGCAGCAGCAGCAACAACAGCAGCAGCAACAGCAACAACAACAGCAACAACAACAGCAGCAGAAGGAAAAGAAGCCAAAAAAGCCAGGAAAAUACAUAUGCCCUUUUUGCAGCAGGGCGUGUGCAAAACCGAGUGUGCUGGAGAAGCACAUCAGGUCGCACACAGGAGAGCGGCCAUACCCCUGCGUCACGUGCGGGUUCUCCUUCAAAACGAAGAGCAACCUCUACAAGCACAUGAAGUCGCACACGCACGCGCUGAAGGCUCGCCUGACGAGCAGUGCGGAGCACUCCGGCAGCCUGUCCGAAGCCGGCACCUCCUUCAGCAGAUCUGACACCGAGGUCCGGUCUGAAGCCGGCGAGAGCACGGACACGGAGGAGGAGCAGGGGAGAGCCGCCCUGCUCUCCUCUUGCCCUAACCUCCUGCGGUCGAUGUCCUCCCAAGGGUCGCUGGAUUCCGCGAGGCAUGGCGGCAGCUACUCGCUCGAGUCCGCGCCCAGCGUGUCUUCCCCUCUGCCCACCGUCAUCAUCGAGCACGCGAAGGCCCCCGAGAGCGUCGUCGAGUUCGCCGAGCCCAGGCAGCAGGAGCCGCCUCCGACAUCGUCGUCGUCUUCGCAAAGGUCCGAGGCGCACCAGCUGGUGAAGAUGAAGCUCGCCCUGGCAAUACGCUCGCCGGACCGCAAGAGGCGGGACAUGGAGCUGGCGCUGCAGCAAUGCCACGGCAAGGGCUCCGACCUGCCGAGCUCGCUGAGCAAGGGCAGCACGGACUCGGGGUACUUUUCCCGGUCGGAGAGCGCGGACCAGCAGCCCGGCAGCGCCAACCCCCAGUCGUACAAGGAGAUCGUGCUGGGCAAGAACGUGAGCACGAGGUCGAGCCUCCUCGCGCCCAGCCCCCUGAUGCUGCCGCAGAAGCACUCGCUGGUCCUCACCGCGUCCUCCAAGGGACCCACGGGUGACAGCCUCGAAGAGCACAUCAACAAGCUGAUUUCCCGAAACGAGGCCGUCAUCGACAACACUGAGUUGGACAGCGUAAAGCCCAGGAGGACUUCGCUGACUCGUAAGGGCAGCAUCGAUUCGCCGAGGCCGUACACCUUCAAGGACUCGUUCCAGUUCGACCUGCGGCCGCUCGGCACCGGCGAGCCGAGCGCCGGCUCGGGCCUGGAGUCGCAGCGGCAGUCCAUGUCCGCGGACGUGUCCAAGUCGACCAUAUGCCUGCUCAACGUGCCGCAGAGCUACGGCGCGACCGAGGGCCUGUCCGUGACGCGCAGCAACUCCAUGCCGGCCGUGGCGGGCUACUCGACGGCGGGCUUCUUUGAGCCCCGGGCGUCGAGCAUGACGAGGGAGAGCCACUCGUUCGACGAGCGGAUGUCUGCUUCCCAGUACGACGAUGUGUUCGUCUCCGAUCCCAAUCUCUCUGCCAUGGCCUCGCACCACCGUCCACUGGUCAGGCAGAAAGCGUUCGAGCUCCCAGCGAGAACCGCCACGCGCGUUAAAAAGACUCUGUCCGCCGAAGAGAGCGUGCAGGAGGGGGGCUCCUGCGGCGCCGGCCAGCUCUCCGCCACCAAGAGCAGGUCGCUGGAGCAAGAGCCGCCACAGACGCCGGGCACGAGCGAGGCCGCGCGGCGGCUGCAGAGGCUGCCGCGAGGCAAGGGCCUCAUGUACGAGUGCGAGACGUGCCGGGCCAGGUACAGGAAGCUGGAGAAGUUCGAAGCGCACAAGAAGUACUACUGCUCGGAGCUGCACGCCCCGCGGAGGCGGCCGUCCGUCACCCAGCAGGGCCGCGAGCAGCCACAGAUGAUGCACUACAAGGUGUCGUACCCGGGCACGGUGCUCAAGCGCGCACACCUCAUCAGGAAGCGCCGCAAGGAGAAGAGCCUGGGCAGCGAGGAGGACGCCCUGGCGGCGGAAGACACCGGCAAGAACGCGCUCGGCCCCGAGCUCGGCCCCGCGACGGGCGAACCCGCGUCGCACUCCGAGGCGCCCGCGAGGGGCGCGCGCCCCGGCCACACGGCGCGCUGCCCGGCCACGGCCGCCGCCGGCCCGGCGAGGCCCCCUCCCCAGCCUGCGAAGGCGCCGCCGCAAGUCGAGACGCAAAUGAGCUUCGAGUCGGCCUCCGAGCCUCGGGGCACCGCUGCCGUUGAGGCCGGGGCCCAAGCCCAGCCACCCGUCGCGGAGACAAGCGGGGGCUUCGAGAGAGCGAGCUCUGAAGGGUCGUCUCAGCACGAGGGCGGCGGCGGCGGGCAGAUUUCUGUUAUUCAGCACACGAAGUCGCUCAGCAGGCCAAGCUCACUGGAAGCCAUGGAGUCCACGGAGAGCGAUGUGGCUUCCUCGGCCACAGCGCAGCACAAAGAGGCUCCCCCGCUCGACCCCGGCAGGCCGCUCGUCUACGCGACGUCACCCCAGCACCAGCUGCACAAGCUGGUGAGGCAGCCGAACAUUCAGGUGCCCGAGAUACUUGUCACGGAGGAGAAGGAGCAGGAGGAGGCGAAGCAGCAGGAGAAAGCGCAGGAGGAGUCUUGCUGGCCAAUGCGCAGUGAAACUCUGUCUCAACUUCCAGCCGAAAAGCUUCCGCCAAAGAAGAAGAGGCUCCGGCUCGCAGAGAUGGGACUAUCGUCGCUGGAGUCGAGCACCGAUUCCUCAGUCGGCCGGAGCCUAAGCAGAGAGAGUUCUCUGUCGCACUGCUCCGGCUUGUCCACUUCCAUAGACCGAGAGGAGGCCAUGACGUCGAGCGGGUUGCCUCCAAAGCAAGACUUCACCAGCAAAUCCACCCACUAUCUCACUGUCCCGACUUGCAGCCACAGGCUCAUGGUGCCGAGCGUCCACUCCGAGCUCCGGAGGGCCGUGUCGGAACAGGCCGUGGGUUCUACUGGCACCUCCCAGUUCACGACGGAGAUCCGGAGCAAAUCGCUGGACAUCGGCGCGAUGUCGGUCAUGCAUCGCCAAGCGGCUGCAUCUCCCGCCGAGGAGGAGCCGAGGAGGAGCCCGCUGACCCGACAGGCUUCGCUCUCGGCAUCCACCGAAGCCCAGGAACAUCACCACGCAGGCUUAGCGGAGCACUCUCAGCCACGACCGCAGCAGCCCGCUACCCAGCUGCCAGCCGAAAUGGUUUAUCGCUACGGGUCGCCGGCACCGAGUCCGUUGCCGAUGCAAACGGGGUAUCCUCAAGUUUGGUCCCAGCGUGGAUCCCUUCUCCCAGAGGCCCUGCCCCAAAUGCUGUCCAUUCAACAGGUGGCCAGACCCCUGCACGGGCAGCAGGUGAUACAGCUUCCACUGCAAGUGCCGCAGUUCCACCAGGCGGCGGAGCUGCACUUGCAGCAACCGGUGCCGAGGCAGUCUUCCGUCGAACAGCAGCAGCGGCAGCAGCUGGCACAGCAGGGCAUGCACCUGCCGUCACCUGCACUUCAACAGCAAUGGCACCAGUACCCGAUGCAGAGGGCCCAUCCGGUGGAGCGGGGGCUACAAGGAGCUCAGAUCUUGUCCCAACCUCCGUCCGCCCAGCACGUGAUACAAGCUCUGCACCCACAGCCACAGUACGUGCCUGGAUACCAGCCGCAGGAGCAGUCGCAGUACGUGCUCUCCCCAAGCAGCCCCGUGGCCUACUCGUUGCAAGCGCAAGAGGCGUCCAGCUCUAUGGGGAUCCCUGUGAUGGCCUCUCCGGCGUUCCCCCCCGCUCAGCAGCUCGACACCUUCGUGUUGUCACACACGCCCGCGUUCCUGCAACCGAUGGCUUCUGUCCUCGUGCCAAUCAGAGUCCAGACGAGUGGCUCGUCCAUGGGCUACGCCAUUUACGCCGCCACCCUGCCGCAGAUUUUCAUGACGUCUACGCUCAACGCGCAGCCAGCGCUGGUCUUCUGCCGGCUGGAGGAAGGCGUCAUUCACGGCACGCUGCCACAAACUCUGCAUUUCGACACGACGCCCUCCGCCGGUGGAGCCGCCGUGCCCGUUCCGAAUCCGCCCUGCGCUCCGGCUCCUGUCGCUGCUGCCCCUCCUGCUGCUGGCGAUUCUGAAGUCCCAGGACCAAGUUCGUCGACGCAACCCAUUUCCAUGAUCUUCUCGGGCGAGCCUCUGGCGAGGAAGCCGCACGCGCAACCCGCGCCUCCGCUGCCACUCGGCGAGGGCGGGCAGCCGCCGGAAGGGUCCAGGCAGCGGGAGCCGCAACCCGGCGCGGACGUUCGGAGACCCGGCUCAAGUUCCCCGGCAGAGGGGCGGCUGCACCCCUGCUACGCGCUGCCCACGGGCGCGGGAGCCCAGCACCCCGGCGCCGCCGCGCUCUCUCCCGCGCGGCCGGGGACGCCGGCACACGAGUGCCACGCGGCACCAGCGGAGACGGCGUCGUCGACGCGGUCCCCGCCGGAGUCCGCGGGAAACGCGGCGUUCGAGCAGGCGCCGGUCACCGCGCCGUGCAGCGUGACCGAGAGGCCGAGGAUAUUUUUGAUGUCUCCCUCUCACGGAAGGCAAUCGGCGGGACAGUCGGCGCAGCCGUUUCAAGGGACGGCGUCGUUCGCACACCUGUCGCGCGUGGAAUAUUUGGCCGGAGAGCCGGAGGAGUUCAGAGCCACUCCACAGAUUGACCAGAUUCAAUUCCCCGGGGCUCUGGUGCAGGCGGCGUUGACGGGGAGCAAGCCCGUGCUCAUGAGCCCCCUGCAGAGUUCAUUGUCUCCCAACAUCGAAAUGCCCGUCCGCCCGGCAAGCCCCACCAUGUGUCCUCCACAGAGGCCCACCACCCCUCUGCAGCAGAUGAGCCCUCCCCCGUUGGGACCCAUCUCCGCCGCGGGAAAGAGGCUGCUGUCACCCGCCAGCAGCCUCGACAUCACGGUGGAGAAGCAGCAGCAGAAACGCGUGAGGGAGGAGACGAGUCUGGCCGAGCGGGUGUCGGGAAUGCUGCACGUCCACACGCAGGAGCACGACUUCGGCAAGGCCUACAAGCCCGUGCUGGUCCGACAGAUACCGGUCGAGGUCCCCGGCACUCCCACUGCCGACCAAGUGGCUGGGACGUCAAGGUGGGUGGAGCAGCCAGCGUCGUGGCAAGAGCGCCCGAUGCCAGGUCCGUCGCGGGCAGUGGCACAGACCACGAGCGCCACGCGCAAGGAGGAGUACGCGAAACGCAGUGUCCACGCGGAAGCGGAGCAGCUGAGACAGCACGAGUCCAAGCAAGCGAGCCCCAGCGAACAGAUUCAGCCGUCCUGCGAAGGCUCGGGUAUUGUCGGCGGCGGCAGUGGCGGCAUCAUUCCGACUUCGCCGGAGACACGUCAAGGAGCUGCCGCUCAAGCGCGUGCCAGACUGCCGAGCCAAAUGAGCGAAGAGGUCACCGCCGCGUCGCACCCGGAGAGCGCCGUUCCGCCCGCAGGCCAGAGCUCCAGCCUGCAGACGGACACCACCGUGUUCUGGUGCUACCUGCACCGCACGCAGCCCUGCCGAGCGGCGCACACCAGCAGGGGCGCCUCCUCCUACAGCCACUGGGCGCUGGGCGGCUGCGGCGCCAGCACGCUGGGGCUCUCGCUGGUGCGGUGCAGAGCUAGGGGCAACCGGGCGUACACGACGGCGGCGAUUUCAGCACCUGGACAGCGGCGGCUGGUCCACUCUGGUGCUUGGAGGUCUCCGUGUGGACAGCCACGCUCAGAGAUGAAGGUCAAGAUGGGGGACGCCGCGCAGGCUUGCACGGAGCGGGCGGCGGGGUCCGGGGUCGAGGUCACGCUUCCUGGAGAGGCUCCGUCACGGGAUUGCGAGUCUGCUCGAGCCGCGUUCGAUGAAAGGUUGCCUCCGUCGGAGAAGCGCGGUUUCCCGCGGGGCCACGGCUGUGAGAGGCCGGGCGGCGACGACUCCAGCGGGCAUCGGCAGGAGCCCGGAGCCCUGCACGAGCGAUCGGGCUCUCCGCAGUGCCCCCGGACCCACCACUGCCACGUCUGCGGCGUCUCCUUCAAAAGCAACGGAAACCUAGUGAAACAUAUCAAGUCAAAGCUGCAUGGUGAGCAGUGUUUGGAGCUGGGUCUCACCCCCAAGGAGCAGGAGGUCACAGUCGAAGGAGAGGGCAGCGACGAGGGAAACCGAGGGAGCGAGCACGCUGCCGAGGAGCCGGAUGAGCCGGAGGAGGAGGACGGCGGCAGCGAGAGCCGUCGCCACGCAGCCCAGUUCACUCUGCCCGUCGAGCAACCCGAGCCUCAGCCAGGCCCAUCUGGUGUUCGCACUUCCAGGACAGCAGCGGCAGCAGCAGCAGCAGGGGCUUCUGAGUCUCCAACCCGAGCGGCACAGGAGCUACGGCCGGUGAAGCCGAUCACCGCCACCGCAUUUUCGUCCCAAGCGUUCGCAGGGAUCGGCGAGUCUCCUGCCGGGCACCCCCCCGCCGGUUCAGGUGCCCGUGAUCUCCCCUUGGACGCUGGCGAAGCAACCGGUGCCGCUUACCAAGGUCGGUCCGGAGGACCCCAGGCCGUAGCCAACGCGUCGGUCACGCCCGCGACGGAGACCCUGACCCAAGCGGGAAGCGUUUCUGGGACUCGGCCGGGCGGAACGACCGACGCGGCCACCGCCGCUUCCUUCCCCGUGGAAGGAUCGGCAUCGCCGCUCGAAACUUCGUCCUCUAGCGGUCGGGCCACGCCAUUCCCGAGGGAAGCCCUGCCGGAGCACUGCCGCCAGUUCCCGCGCUACGCUCGGCCGGCGGACGCCCGCGAAAUGUCGCCGCCGCCGCCGUCCUCGACGUCCGUGUCGAUGUUCGCGAGCUCGCCCCCGUCGCCUGUCCAACUGCCAGGCCCACUCCUGCCCGUGCUUCGCCCCUCGUCGUCCGCCGCCGCCGCCACCUUCUUCUUCCCGGACGCGGGCGACGUUCCGAGCAGGCCCGGCCAGUACCUGCCGCCCGGCUACGGGGCGGCACCCUCACGGGAAGCCACGCUCGCCGCCCUGUACGUGCGUUGCCCCAGGCCGGAGCGCUCCUUCCUCUACUCGGUGCCGCCGCCGCCUUCGCCCGUCCCGUGCCGCUCGCCCGGCCUCGGAGGCGCGGAGGCGGCGGCGCACGGCUCACCCGUGGAGAUGUCUCCCAGGACGCCGCCGUGCGAGGUGGUGAGGAUGCUGUCGCUGGACGGGCCGCCCUCCCCCCUGGAGACGGACGAGGGCAACGUCACGCCGGGCGCCGCUUUCCCGGCACCUGGGGCGCCGUACCUGGCUGCUCGGUAUUCGGACGACGCCAGGACUCAGCCGGGCUACACCCUGGUGGCCGACGUCAUCCCCCUGCUGCUGCCCACGAGAGCGGAAUCGCGAGCCAUCGCCGGGCUGGGUUCGGCGAAGCAGGACCCCGUAUUCAGCCACCUGCCACUGCACUCCCGCCAGCCCAGCCGCUCCCUACUUCCCGUCGCUCCCCUCGGCGCCGUCGCGCCGCCACCUGCUGCCGAAAGACCGCGCCUCGCCGAAGCAACGACGGCCACGCCACCCGGCGGCUCGGCUAGCCGGACCCCCGAGCCGACGGCCGACGGUCACGUGGGCGCCGGGCCCGUCGCCGACGCGGUCCCCCGGACGGACCGCGCCCGGUCCCCCGGCGGGGGGCUGACGUCGCUCUCGAGCGAGGAGGUGCCGUUCGGAGGCGCCGGGUUCCGGGCCGGCGGCGCCGCGACGAGGCUGAGCCCCUCGCAGCUCGCCGGGCUGGUGCAGCCCCCCGUGUGGAGCGCCACGCUGCCCAGGACCGGCGCGUCUCCCCUGCGGGGCUACUCGUCCGUGUACGGCCGCCUCGCCCCCGCGCGCCCUUUCCCUCUCGACGCACCCCCCUCCUUUGCGGCGCUCGGUCCGGCUCUGCUGAGCGGGCAAGCCCCGCCGCCGUCGCCGCUGGUGCCGCACGUCGGCCCGGCCGCCCACUCGGGCUUGGUGUACCAAUCGGCGGGAGGUCUCUGCGCUCUGAGCGAAGCUCCGGCCGCCGCCGGUCAGGGGGCGUACUUGGUCGCCCGAAAUUUACCUUCUUUGGGCAUUGCCUAUCAGCCUGGACCGUCGGGUCAUUAUGCCCCGGGGCAGCCGUUCCCUCCCGACGUGCUCGCUCGGAGCCGUGAGGGCUUUGGCGCUCGUCUUCCGGCUCCUGCAGAGGAGCAGAAGGCAUCUGCGCUCAACUUGGCCCCCAUCUCGCACGCCGUGGAGUUACCCUCCGCGUACUCUCCCAUGCCUCCUCCUCUACACGUUGCCUACCCGGCCGGGUGGAACACAGUCGCUGGGGUGCUGGCACCUUCUUCGCCCACGUUGAUGUUUUCCUCUGGGAAGGAAUUCCAUGAAGGUCAGGUCGGUAUGACGUUCCGACCUUUGGAACAACCCGCUGGUUUGAUGGCAGCUCCCGUGCCGACGCAAGGCUCUUCGCAGACCAGAUUUCCCUUCCCUUUCGCCGACGUCGAUCGGCGCAGAGACGUCACCUCGGCCACUGGUUCGUCUCCUCCCGCUUACCAAGGACCGCCGCCGCCGCCGAUGGCUCAGCCAUCGCUCGCCGCUCACGUUCAUCAGGGUAGGGAGGGGUGCUACGCGCCGAGUCAGCUUCCGCUCGGCGGGCACCGCUCCUCCCCGGCCGGCGCCGCGUCCCCCUUCCGGGGUUUCCUGCCGCAGCCGGGAGAGGGCUUCCCCGCCGCGGCGACCCGGCCGCCCCUCGCCGGCCUCGUGUGCCAGGCGGGCGCCGAGCCGCUGCUGCCGGCGCUGCUGGGCACGGCGCAGGGCGUGCUCGGAGUCCCCAUGGUGCAGCUGCUCCUCCCGGCCACGCAGUUCUCUGCGCUCGCCCCGGCCAUGACCUUCAUACCCAUCCAGGGCAUCGUGCAGGGGCCUCUGCAGGGGACCGCGGCCUCGCCCGAUCGGCCCGUCAGCCCCGCAGGGGAGCACGCAGGCGGCCUCGGCAUCCCCGCGGGCUCGGGCGACGGCGGGCACCCGCAGCCGGCGCCGCCGACGUCCACGACGCCGGCGGUCGCCUGUUCGCGCUGCCCUCGACUGUUCCCGAGCGCGGCUCUCCUCUGGCUGCACGUGAACGCCACGCACGCCGAGCCCGGGGACCGCACACCCCCGGGCGCCGGCGCGGCCCGUGCCCCGGCAGCCGCCAGCCCGGAGCCGCACGGCGCUCGGACGUUCCUGGCGGCGCAAGCGGCCGGGCCCGACGGCACGGGCUCCGUCGUGCCGCCCGUCAUGCAGACCAGGGCGGCCUCCUCCGUGCGCUCCCAGAGCCUGGGCGGCAGCGGCGGCCGCCUCCAGGCUCCUCCGAGGAGCGAGAUGGAGGGGCGGGAGUCGCCUUGUCUCAGGGAGCACCAGGGCCACAAGGAGUCGGAGCAGGGCUCGGGGUAUUAGCUGCUGCUAAUGCUGCUGGGACAGGUCGAGGGGUGGUAGGGGGUGGGGGGGGACCAACGUGGAAGUUGAUUAUUUAAAAUGAAAUUUUGCUGUGCCAUGUCAUGAAGACCUUGCUCACUUAAAACGAGUCUAUUUCUCAGCUGUUUUUGUAUCGUAUCUGUAGGUCGUUGUCAACAUUCGCUGGAUGCGCGUGUCCAUUGACGUUGGUAUUGUAUAACAUGAAGAUGUUUCGCCGUGACAGUAUGUAAAUAUGGGGGUAUAUUUAUUUAAUAACAAAAGCAGUGGUGGGAAACUGACGAUGAUAGUAAGUAAUUUUUCACGAACACCGUCUUUGAUCACCGUUGUCUUGAAGCUGUGUUUAUUUAUUUCCCCCCGAGGUCAUUGUUAUCACGUGACACCAGAGAGUAAGAGUCACUUCUUGUGAAGUGUGAAUUCUCGUCACGAGUUCAGUGGUGGUGUUUUUUACAUUCGCUCUAGAAGAAUCCAACCGUAAUUGUCGUUUGCUAGCUACCGUAUUAUAGCGUACGGGGUUUCCUUUGAAGUUGUGGAACGUUUUAUAUAUAAAAAAGUAGUUUCCGUACAUGGAGGUUUUUAUGUAAAUUAAAGUUUACACUUUUUUGGUCUUAUUAUUGUGAACGGAGGUUGAAGUCUUGUUGAAAAUUGCAAUGCUGCACUUGUCCAUAUUUUUAUAUAGAUACAAGU